GAAGCACUUUAUGUAUUUGUUUAUGUACAAAUGUCUGACCUAGACGAAAGACCUUCAAUGUCAGCCUGAAUGGUUCAGCCCAACCCAGUCGCUGUCAACGUGCACGACGAGGGGAUGUUGAAUCAAUAAUAAUCUCGCGUACCUACCCAGUUAUCCACCCAGUUUAAUUUCUUUGGGGAAAGGCAAACGUCGCUUUAGAGUCGACCUGCUUAUACAAACUGCAAAAAAAAAAAAGGAGAGCGGUAGACGAGAGGUUUGUAGGUGCGCUGGGUAAACAGCGAGAGUUGCAUUGUUGUUGGCUACUCCUGUUUUAUUCAAACACCAGUGCUGCGCCCACAAGCACUACGACGACUCCUUCACUUCGACAGCGGUGGUGGGGAUGCCCCCCAGUCCCUGAUUAGCAUUUGCCUGGCGUGGGAUGGAGGGACCUUCGCUUCCGAGGAUUCCAAGGAAUUUUAACUCUCAAAUAAAGUGCGGGAGGUUGUAUGAUUGGGCAAUUUCGUAGUGAUAUGAUUUUGCGCACAUAUAUAUAUAUCCCCAGCCUGUGUGACGUCACGUCCUUUGGCCCUCCUGUCACGUGGUCUGCCCACGCGCGGACAUGGCGUGCGACUCGAUUACGACACGCACGCGCCAGUGGCGAGAGGUCAGAGUGCACGUGAGCAGAGGACGCGGCGUGAAAGUGUCGCGCGGCAGAGUCUUGGAGAACGCUCUUAGACACCAUCACCACCCUCCCCGCCAGCACAGCCACCACCACCAACUGCCGUCAUCAGACGCAAGACGCGGCUUCAAGUGGCGGAGGUCGUCAUCGGGUCCUCUACUGCUUCUUCUGUCGUCACCAACACAGUUUGCACGUGCACGAGUUCGUGUCGACAUCGUACGUCCACUCCCUUGAAUCGAGACUCAGAAUCGCGGAUACAGUUUUAUAACAGAGACGAGGCCGGUCAGGAAGUGAGGAACUUGUUCCACGUCGUCUUCCGGUAGAAAGGAUUGAUCACGUGGGGCAAAGUUGUGUGUAGAUAAGUUUUCGGAAUCGGGGUUGAGGGGAGAGCUGGUGUUUGUUAUUGUUUCUCUGUUGUUGUUAGACGCACUCGGUUAUUGUUGUGGAGUGCUUUGGGAGGGUGGAGGACAGAAAUCUGAGAGUGCGGUCCAGUCGGCGCGUGGUUAAUUGAGGGACCCGCUGGAUGCCAUUGUGUUCCUCCCGGCAGGAAGCCAGUACUUCUGGUGUCGCGGCGGUCAAACGUCACAGAGAGGAGGGGGGCAGGAGGAGGAGGAGGAAGCCACCACUACGGUCAGCAAGGGAGGCAAGCCACCGCGAGGUGUCAGGGCGGCGCGCACGAGCAGCUGGUAGUGCACUAAUCCUCUCGGACGGCCGCCACAAGUCGUUUGACGAGGGUUACGAUGAGACACGGAUGAUGCGGCUUAGCUGACUGACGACGAGGCUGUGACUAGGCGCCCGCCGGCACGAAGUGUGAGCUAACGGACUGCAGCACUCACCUGGCGGACGUCAGCGGUUGUCUGUGUCACCUUGGGAUGCUCGCCUAUACCUUCACAAUGCAGACGACAAGCACGAUGAAGACGACAGAUAGUCAGCUGCAGCAAUUCCAGGUGAUGCUUACCAACAUCGCCAAUGACCUCGAUCUCUUGCUGAAUGACCUGAGUCACAUCUACCCGUACCCGCAAGGGGAGAGAAGUGAAGAGGCGGAGGGAGCGAGUGGGGAGAAUGGGUGUCCUCCCAGCAUGACUCUGCACUCGGGCGACACAUUGGGCAACGAUUCCUUCUUCUCGUCUACUGGAGCAACCAGCAGACACCAUGGAAACAUGACAGGGAGCAGCCCCAGCCUCCUGACCUCCAGCGGCAGCGACAAUUUGUCCAUCGACAGCGGACACGACGACCUCAUCACCCGAGACUCGCAGUCGCCGCUCGCCUUUGAUCCUAACCACUUCGGCUCUCGGAGCAGGACUGUAGAUACGACGACAACAUCCACCAUGACACCACCAAUGCCAACAACAAUAUCGUCACAAGAUGGGGAUAGUCAUGUGGGCCCCUCAGGUGGAGAACUCCGGCCUAUCAGCACAGUGGAGAGACUGUCCAAAACUCACUCCAUCUGGCUUUUGACCCAGAUGAGCCGAGCUGGAGCUGUGCACCUGCUUAAAGACAGAGAGACGGGAGUCUUCAUUGUCCGCAAGUCAAGUCAGGCCUUGUCGCUGGCUCUGUCAGUACAGAAUGUGCUGAAUGAUCGAGCCAACGUGGACCACUACCUGAUUGAGGCCACUGACUAUGGGAUGCGCCUGCAGGGCUCUGUGCAUUUUUUCCACUCCAUUCCUGCUCUUAUUGCACACUACAUGGAGAAUCUUGAUGAGCUACCAUACCGCCUUACACUUCCUGUGGCAAUCCUUCAAGCUCGCUCAUCACGUGAACUGUCAUCUCUUGCCAUGUUAGGACAAGACUUCUGGCUGUCACCUGUGUCUCGCAAAAGUCCUACACCUCAGUUAGUAACAGGACCACUUCAUAAAUCCUGCAGUGAGCCAAUUAGCAUCAUAAGGACACAGCACGAAGGCCGCGCAGCUACACCAAUAGCUGCAGUUCCUGCCCACUCGGCAGCUGAUUUGUCCAAGUUCUCCAGCAGUCACCAUCUGCAGCAGGAACACAAACAGGUGUUUACAGAACACUUCCAUGCCCAGAUGAAUGCAGGCCAUAGACCUUCAGAGGCUGGUUGUAAAAUCAGUGCCUUCAGUGGUGAGUUUCAUGACAGCAGUGACAAACAGAGCAAGACGAGGCAGUUUGGGCCCCACCUCCUCAGGCUGCGUGAACUUAAUGUCACAACUCCCUCAUUAGACAGCAGUUGGGAGGAAAGCAACAUCGCCGUGCCCCACAUUGAGCUCGUACCUGCUGCUCCACAGUCCAUGUCGGAUGCUAGCAGUCAAACAGACUUUUUGUCACUGUCCGGGCACAGACCUAAAGGCAAACCCAACUUGUAUUCCAUGACGCCAGUAGAGUUGUUGAAUAUUCCAGAGCCCAGUUAUUUCAGAAGCAGUUUGUCUGACAAAAUGAGUGACUAUGAAGACAUAUGGCGCAGCUCUUGUUAUGACACUGACAGUGUGCGAAAUGGCAGUGUCAGAGGGCAUGUCUAUGAUGAAGGUUCUACAGUGACUGCUGUGUCAGAUUUUUCCAAGAUGAUUGUGUUUAAGAGACCCAAACGCCUAAUACACCAGCAAAUUGAUGGCAUGUCUGCCUUGACUGACAAAAGCAGACAGCUUGAGAUUGUUUCCCUUGUUCCAUCUCAGGCACAUGUCAAAUGUCCACCACACAUGGACAGAUUAACAAGACUGAAGUCAUCAUCAGAGUCCUCCCUUGCCACUCUGGCUAGUCCUAUCUAUGCAGAACCAGCGGAUGCCAUUGUUCUGAGGGACAAGCGCUUGCGAGCCAGUAAGCUGAAAUCUCGCAGGCGCUCUGCACCAUCAAGUGCCGGUCAGUUUGGUGAUACAGAAAAUAAUUCGAAGGGUGUGCAUGUGUCAAAGGAGCCUUCUCUGGCCACAAUACUGUCUCCAGAUGCAGUGAAAACUCAAGACAGUGACAGUGACAAGUUUGAUUUUGAAUUAAAGCCUUCCCAUGCUGCAGUUCGUAAGCUCAACACGGGGAUUAGCAGAAGCAACAGUGUAAGAACACCCCAAGAAAUGGCCAGGCUAGCACAGAAGAAACCUGCUUGGCAAGAGCGGUUUAAGCGCCUAAAGCUGGGCACCAAAGUCCUCACUAGCCAGCAGUCGCCAUACUCAGCAAGCUGUCAGAAUUCGUAUCAUCCACAACAAAUGUCGUUUGAUGACAACCUCUUUGUGCUAGAGGAGGACACUUUGUUGGACAGUGGUCCAUCAUUUAGACCUUCGCUUGGCAAAUUUCCUGUGUAUCAGCAGAGACAAGGACACAACAAAGGGGUCAAUCGGGCCUCGUAUUUUUCAGAGUCUUCCACCAUGCAGGAUAUAAUUUCAUGUGCAAUGCCAGAACUUCUGGUGAGACCCAUCCAAACACAGAUCAAAAUCCAGGGCAGUAAGCCCUAUCUGAGUAUGAUAACUUUGACCCUUAUGCUCCACCCUCCACCAGUAGCUGUAGCACCAUUUUCUGUAAGCCCUGGGAAGCAGGAAUUGUGGGCAGUCCAUGAUCAUCACUCGAGGACACAACAGAGUCAGUCAGCGCUUGGCAGUGGUGGUCAUCAUGUUGAUGAUGAGGGCAGUAAUAGCAAGAGUGAGGUAAGCACUCCGAUGGCAGAACUUGACACUAAUACAUGUGAGUCUGACCAUCACAGUAAAGUGAAGAUGAGUCAGUCACAGCCUGGAUUGCCCUUGCUGCACCAAGAGCUGCACCUGACUCGACAUCAUCUGCAGCCUUCGCAGCAACAUGCUCAACCUUUAACCAGAUCCGUGUCCCAACCUGCACACAACACAUGCACAGUCUCAAACCUUCAUCAGCAACAAAGCCUGACAGUCUCUCAUCAUCAGUUGACGUGCCCACACAAUUCACAAGACUCCAGGCAUCAGCAGCCUCCACAUGUGGGACACUCACCACCAAACAAGACGAUUGAUCUCCCUGCAAAAUGUGUUAGUUCUAAUCAUGGGAAGCAGAAUAUUCACCUGAGCUCCACCUGUCCAGAUGUAAUCAACUGUCAUCAUGUCAAGUCUCAGAAAGCACGGACUGUAGGCCAGAAGGAUGCUAUGAACAACAGUCUGUACCCAGCCGAUGAAGUUCUAGUUGACAACCUGCCAUAUCUUGAUGCUUCUCUUAGGCAACAGAUACAACCCUUGGCCUCCUCUCCUUGUGGAAAGAUGACCAGCUACCCUGGUGGGAAGAUUCAUGAUUAUAUUCUCAGGCUAUCACAAGACAAGAAUACCACCUUUGGAGUCACCGUUGAGAAUUUCAUCCAGUGUACUGUUGAUAGUCAAGACAGAAACCCUUACCAUGUCAUGAGAAACGUCCGUCAAUUCAUGACAGGAAUAAAAAAUUAUCUUGUGAAACAUGGAGAAGGGGAAUUAGAAGACAAGAUAGAACAGGAGAGAGCAAAGCUUGGAACAAAUGAAAUUCUCAGCAUUGAUGCCAUCAUUGAAACAACACUUCAUAUGUGUGUCUUGAGACCUUUGAAGCAUCACAUCUAUCGUUUGCUGGUGGACUAUCAUGGACGAAACAAUAGCCUUGAGUUGAUGUCCAGGAACAUCAAGUAUGCUCGAACAAAGACUGCGGAGGAGAUAGGUAUCAAGCCUGAACUAAUUCCUCCCCAAGGCAGUGACAUGGAGACCAUUAAACAUCAUCUCGACAAAAUGCAACGUGCCUAUUCACCCAUCAAAAAACUGGAAAACUUGCUCAGUGCCACCUCAGCCAUCUAUGCCAGUGUCAAGGGUAAACAGCAAGCUCCCUGCAGGGGUCCAGCAUCACUUGGUGCUGAUGAUUUUCUUCCACUGCUGAUCUAUGUACUGGUGCACUGCGGCUUGGUUUCUGCUGAAAUUGAGGCUGACUACAUGUGGGGCUUGCUUCAACCAUCUGUACUAACAGGUGAGGGUGGUUAUUACCUUACCACCCUCAGCAGUGCAGUCCUUAUUCUGAAAAACUUUCAGGAAGCACAUGAGAAUAAAACAGCUUCAUUGGAGGGCCAUUUGCCUACAAUUGGGGAAGUGCAAGGAUUUCUGAAGAUCGGAUUCCCAGAUGAGCUACGUGACACAAUAAUCUGGAAAACACUGCCAGUGCGGCCAAACAUGACCACAAAAGAUGUCUGUGCCAUGAUUGCACACAAGUUUAAGAUCACCAAUCCCCAGGACUAUGGUCUGAUCUUGUUAUGUGAUGGAGAAGAAACCCAGUUGAUGGACAGCCAGUGCCCACAAAUACUCAAGAAAGACACCUUGGCAAAAGGGAAGGAAUGCUUCUUCACAUACAAGCGUCUUGGAGCCAAUAUAGCCUGGCCCAGCAGUAUGAAACAUUCCUAGCUGUUCUACAGACCUGUCUGGUCUAUGGCAUGUGUGGACUUAAGUGCUGAAUGACUUUAUGACAAUUUGUUGCUGAUACAAAAACAUAUUUUGUAAGACACAUUCAUGUAGUGUCUUUGAAACACUAAUAUAGUGUUUGCUGCGAAGACAUUUCUGGUUUUCACCAGUUUUUCUUGUUUGUAUCCAUUUUGUUUGGAGAUUUGAUAUUGGAGGCAGUUGGAGCUUUGGGAGUAAAAAGAAAUGAAUGAUUUUAUCUGUGAUUGAGAUUGUGUUAUUGGUGGCUUCAUUAGACUGAUCUUCAUACUGCAGAAAAUCCUAGUCAUCAAGAAUCCUCUUGCCAAUCAUAUAUAUAUAUUUUUUUUUUGUGGUGGGACGAAAGGGAGAAAGUUGACGGAGCAGCAUCAAGAACACCAUCAUCAAAGUGAAGACUGUGUUGUAUUGCUUUAAUUAUGCAUCAAAAUGAAGCAGAUUUCAGUAAGAGGUGCCUAUAUCUGGCCACUGAGAGGAGGGUGUUUUUAUUUGUGUGCUGUGAUCCUUUACCUUAACAUCUUUGUCCAGUUCGUACUGCUUGGUAUAAUAGAAAUAUUUCAGAGUAAUGCUUCAGAAAAAUAAAGUUCAAGAUGUUAACAGUUUGGUGCUAUUUUGCUGGUUUGUAAAACUUGCUUCUUACCCUAUCUCAUGAUUACAGAUAAUUCAGCAAGUGUGUCCAGCAGCUGUUGUUGAUGAGAUUAGUAUUUCUCUGUGUCUAUAAACUUGAUAAGAAAAGCACUGCAGUACUGUGCUAUUUAUUUUGAGUCAAAAGUUUUGGAACCCAAACCUAAAUUUGUCCAACCAAGACCUGUGCUUGACUAGAUUGUAGUAGGUUAAGAUGAUGCUUGAUUACCGUUCAUUGAAGUUUUUCAAAUAUCUUAUUUGAGACGGGUAGGCUAAAGCCAUGUAGACAGAUACCUCAGACUUUGCUGCAGUUCUUUCUUCCACUGUAAGAGCAUAACAUUUUCUGAGAUCCAUUGUUGUUGUUUCUUCCUUUUAGAUCAAACAUGGAGGUUACACGUUUCCUUGCUAACAAUGAGCAACCUAAGAAAUGUUGGACAAAAUAGCUGUUUGCAAAAUAGUGAUAGUAAUAAGUUUUAUUUAAAAAUCAAUUAAAUUUAUUUGAACAUAUCUGAAGAGAAACACAAGCCAGAUUGCUAUCUCCUUAAAAGUUUUCAUUUAACAAAAUUCAGAGAACCCCUAAACAUAUCCCAUCAAAAUUAUCUGAUUCUCAUGCUGUUCAACAUUUACUAACUGGACA